CGGCUGACUAUAAGGCCCCUGCUGAGGACUACAAGGCGCCUGCCGCUGACUACAAGGCCCCAGCGGCUGACUAUAAGGCCCCUGAGGCUGACUACAAAGCCCCAGCUGCUGACUACAAGGCCCCUGCUGAGGACUACAAAGCGCCUGCAGCUGACUAUAAGGCCCCUGCAGCUGACUAUAAGGCGCCUGCCGCUGAUUACAAAGCCCCUGCAGCUGACUAUAAGGCUCCAGCGGCUGACUAUAAGGCCCCUGCUGAGGAAUACAAGGCUCCUGCAGCUGACUACAAAGCCCCUGCCGCAGGGUACGACUACACGCCUCCUGAAACCGCCUACAAAGCCCCUGCUGCUGUCCUCCUGCCGUCGCCUGAUUACGGACAAGCGGAGAGGAUCUACGGCGUCCAGGGAGCCGCCCCUGUCUACGGUCCGCCCACGCUGCCUCACAGGGUUCUGGACCCCUACGCGGCGGUGGAUCUCUACGACGAUCUGUAUUUGCCCCCGCUCUCUCUAUACAUGUAUCUGAACUAUAAUUCUUUACUAAAUUAA